UGUUCAUUAAAUGUCAAAAAAAUUACUAUUGUAAUUAAGUCAGCUGAUUGGAAAGGUCAAAAAGGACAUGAUAUUUUUUUCAGAUAUUUAAAUUUAAACCAGUUGAUAACUUCAGUUUAUUCUCCUGAUUGUAAAGUGCUAACGAAAAGCGAAUUUUUAAUAACUAAAUAUGUCUUGGUUUUCUGAAGUACAACAGGGUCCCCCGAUUGAAGUUUUCCAGUUGACAAAACAAUUUGGUGAGGAUGACUUUCCACAAAAGGUUAAUUUGGGAGUUGGAGCUUACCGUACUGAAGAAGGUAAACCAUGGGUUCUGCCAGUGGUACGAACCGCCGAAAAAGCCUUGGCUAAUGAUGAUUCCUUAAACAAAGAGUACUUCCCUGUACUUGGAAUGGACUUAUUCGCUUCUUCGGCUACCAAGAUGCUUUUGGGCGAAGAUAGUCCAGCACUUGCUGAGAACAGGGCCUUCGGAGUUCAAACCUUAUCCGGAACAGGAUCCUUAAGAGUUGCAGCGGAAUUCUUAGCACGACAAGUCGGCAGCACCGUGUUUUACCAAUCAAAGCCAACAUGGGAAAACCACCGGCUGGUAUUCUUAAACGCGGGUUUCAAAGAAGGAAGAGAAUACCGUUAUUGGGACGCAAACAAACGCGGAUUGGACAUCGAAGGGUUCCUAGAGGAUCUUAGAAAUGCACCGGAGGGCGCCGUUAUUAUUCUUCACGCGGUCGCUCAUAACCCGACCGGUUGCGAUCCUACCCAAGAACAAUGGCAACAAAUUGCCAAAGUUAUUAAAGAAAAAAAACUGUUUCCGUUGUUCGAUUCGGCUUAUCAAGGAUUUGCUUCAGGAGACUUGGAUAAAGAUGCUUGGGCAAUCAGAUACUUUGUUAGCCAAGGGUUUGAAUUGGUUUGCACUCAAUCGUUUGCUAAGAACUUUGGACUUUACAAUGAGAGGAUAGGAAACUUAGCGGUAGUAACAAACAACACUGCCUGUAUUCCUGCAGUGAAGUCGCAACUUACACUUAUUAUCAGAGGAAUGUACUCCAAUCCCCCGAGCCAUGGAGCAAGAAUCGUUUCAUACGUGUUGAAUAAUAAAGAGCUUUAUGAACAAUGGAGAGACCAUAUCAGAGUAAUGUCUUCAAGAAUCAUCGAAAUGAGAAAACGUUUGCGUGAAGAACUCGAAAAGCUAAACACGCCCGGAGAUUGGUCGCACAUAACCCAACAAAUCGGCAUGUUCUCCUAUACAGGCUUAAACCAAGAACAAUCGAUGCAUAUGGUUAAACAACAUCACGUUUACAUGCUAAAAUCGGGCCGUAUCAGCAUGUGCGGCAUUACUCCUAAUAAUGUCGGUUAUGUGGCCAAAUCGAUAUGCGAGACUCUUACUACACUGCCUUCGAAGUAUUAGGGGGAUGGUUUUUAGUUUUUUGGGCUGUUUUUUUAACGGAAGGAUAUUAUGACAAUUUUAAAAGUUUUUGUUGCAUGUAAUGUAAGUUAAAAAUAUAUAUUGUUGUUAUGUAGUCGUCAA